AAAAAAAAAAAAAAAGGGGAAAAAAUAAAUAUGUUACCUGCAGGACAAAAGAGACAAAAUGAACAUAUAGAUCAAGAUGAGUCUGAAGAUGAUGAAACUAAACCCUCUAAACGUAAUGGACGAAGAAAGAUUAAGAUUGAAUACAUUGAAGAUAAGAAUAAAAGGCACAUUACCUUUUCAAAACGUAAAUCUGGUAUUAUGAAAAAGGCAUACGAGUUAAGCACAUUAACUGGAACACAAGUGUUAUUAUUAGUUGUUUCAGAAACAGGACUAGUGUACACAUUUACAACAACUAAACUGCAACCUAUUGUCACUAAGCCUGAAGGAAAAAACCUUAUUCAAGCCUGUUUAAAUACGCCCGACCCAGCUGUACCCGAAAUGGAAUCGGAUACUAAAUUGGAAAAAGAGAAUAAUUUUAAUGAGCCAACAAGUAGUAGCAGCAGCAGCACAACGAAUGUUCCCGUUCUAAAUCGUGUUCAUGAAGAUACCAAAAACCAUCAAUUAUCUCCUCAACCAACAGCUUCAUCUCAUAGUCCCAUGAUACAACAGACUUCGCCCAAUACUACUGCCAUUAGAUCUAAUAUGGUACCAACAAGUACCAAUACAUCAAAUAUGCAUAUAAAUCAAGCAACAGUAAAUUAUUCCCAGCCACAACCACAAAUCACAAUGCCUCCUUAUAAUCAACACAGAUAUCAUCCUGGUUAUGGAAACAAUACUAUGCCACAGCCAUCAUUUCCAUCUUAUCCUAGUAAUAAUAAUGCUCCUCAACAGCCUUCUUAUUACCAAACUGCAUCUCAACAACAGCAAUCAUACGGCUCCAUCUCACAGCAACCACCUUCAAGUCUUGGUGGCUAUUGGCCCUACAAUAAUCCUCAACAACAACAACAACAACCUCCAUCAAAUAAUAAUACCAUCUUGAAUCCAUCUCCAGCACAUCCUCUUAAACAAGAUCGUUCAUAACUUAAUAAUGAUAAUAAAAAAAAAAAAAAA